AUGCUACUUAGAAGACCAGCGAACACGGCGGUAUGUCCUCAUUGUAGUUUAGGAACUGAAACUAUGGACCAUCUUUUAGGAAUGUCUGCUACAAUAACAGUAUGGAGAGAGUUAUCUUUUCAUAGGUUUUUGCAAGACAAUCAAAUGGGGUUUCUACAGUGGCUAACCUGGGUUUUCUCACGAAGCUCGACUUCUCAGCAUCGAAUCUUUUGUGUUGCAGUAUGGGCCAUCUGGGGAGACAGAAACAAUAGAUUGCAUAAAAAAGAUGGUAAAUCUGGAAAAGAAGUAGGGAGAUUUGUUCAUAGCUAUAUUUCAGAUCUUGAUGCAGUUGGUAAAAAUAGGUUGCAAUCUUCCAUACCUGUAAAAAUAUGGACAAAGCCAGUGGACAAGGUAGUCAAAAUCAAUUUCGAUGCAGCGUACGACGGUAGACAAAGUAAAGCGGCUAUUGGGGUUGUGGCCCGCGAUAAGGAGGGUUCAGUUCUUCUAUCAUGUACGGAGGUUCAUCAAAGAGUUCCCUCAGCCUUUGGGGCGGAAGUAAUAGCGUGUCGGAAAGCCCUCCAGAUCGGCGUUAACAUGCAGUGGGAAAGAGUUAUUAUUGAAGGGGAUUCUUUAUCAAUAAUAAGAAAAUGUAAAACAAAAAGCCCCGAUAAAUCAUUGAUUAGUGCGUAUUUACAUGAUAUUCAUCAACUUCUGAUUAAAUUCAAGGAGUGUAGGUUUGAGCAUAUCCCAAGAUUAGCAAACAACCUUGCGCAUAUAUUAGCAAAUGAAGCGCUGAAGAGUAGUAGAGGAGCCUACCUGGUCGGACGAGUCCCUGAAGCGGCAGAAAUCCAAGCAGAAAUUGAGAGGGCAAAAGAACCAGAUUGA